UCUCUACCUGCCAACAUCCUGUAUUAGAGAACUUGUGGCCAGAGGUGUGGCUGUGGAGAGCUGGCCGGGGAGGGACGCUGCUCAGCUGCUGCUCUGCUCCUGUCUCCUGUCCCCUCCCCCGGCCAUGACAGAGACCCGUGAGCCAGCUGAGACUGGGGGCUACGCCAGCUUGGAAGAAGACGAUGAAGACCUUUCCCCAGGCCCCGAGCAUUCCUCUGAUUCAGAAUACACUCUCUCAGAGCCGGACUCCGAAGAGGAAGAAGAUGAGGAGGAGGAGGAAGAGGAGACCACUGACGAUCCCGAAUAUGAUCCUGGCUACAAGGUGAAGCAGCGCCUUGGCGGGGGCCGUGGUGGCCCAUCCCGCCGGGCCCCCCGUGCAGCCCAGCCCCCGGGCCCCCUGGCCCAGCCUUGCCAGCUCUGUGGCCGCUCACCCCUUGGGGAGGCCCCACCGGGAACCCCACCCUGCCGGCUCUGCUGCCCUGCUACAGCCCCCCAGGAAGCACCAGCCCCUGAAGGCAGGGCCCUCGGGGAGGAAGAGGAGGAACCACCUCGGGCUGGGGAGGGCCGACCAGCUGGGCGGGAGGAGGAGGAGGAAGACGAGGAGGAGGGAACCUACCACUGUACGGAAUGCGAGGAUUCCUUCGACAACCUGGGGGAGCUGCACGGGCACUUCAUGCUGCAUGCCCGGGGUGAGGUGUAGGCAGAGCCCCCAUACAGGGAGCUUGGCAGAAGGGGUGGGGUGGGAGGAGGGGGCUGAGGAAAUUGGGGUUGUGACAGUGGUCAUGGGGGAUGGGGUACUGCCGGUCUGUGUUGUCUUAGAAGUAGAUGUGUGAUGGCCAGAAUAAAAGCCAAAAUCUGUA